UUGAAAUACAUUGAACACAAUACAUUUUAUUUUUAAAAUCAAAAGUACUUUUGAUUAACAUAAGCAAUAGGAAUAACAUUAAGUUGACAUAAUCAUAUCUUGACAACAAGUACACUACAUUAAUGUGAUGACAGUCAGUCGGAUGAAAAUAAACACAUAAAUUAUAUCAGAUUCAUGUUUGGUUUGUUAAUUUUUAUUUCAUAAUCAUAAUUAAUGUUAUAAUGGAAGAGACACUUUACUUCAUCGUGUUGAUAAUCUUAUCGCAAGUACAUGUUAUAACAGGAGCAGGAGGUAGAGGAGCAUAUACACACAUGAAGUACUGUGAAUCCAAGCUUUAUAAUCCCCGGUAUCAGACUUGCUGUGACGGCGUGAUAACUGUUCCUGGAGGAUGGCCAUGUUGCAAAACAGAGGUUUAUAAUUCAGAAAAUGCUAUUUGCUGUAAAGAUAAAAUUCAUUAUAAGAAAGGUGCGUCCUGCUGCAAGGACGAGGCAUAUAAUCCGGAAUAUGAAACAUGUUGCGAUGAAAAGAUAUAUUCUGUAAAGGACGGAAAUUGCUGCGGUGAGAAACUUUAUGACCCAAGGACAGAGAAAUGUUGCAAAGGAUCGAUAAAUGAUAAAGUAGAAUCAUUUUACCAGUGUUGCUCAGACACGGCAUACAAUCCUUUGCACGACACAUGUUGUUCCGGUAAACUUUAUCCAGAAAGGGAUCUACAGUGUUGUGGAGAAAAGUCUUACAAUCCUUUACACGAAUCAUGUUGUUCCGGUAAUCUGUAUUUACACAGUGGACUAAAGUGUUGUGGAGACACCACAUACAAUCCUUUGCAUGGAACAUGUUGUUCCGGUAAACUGUAUUCACAAGGAGGACUACAGUGUUGUGGCGACACAACAUACAAUCCUUUGCAUGGGACAUGUUGUUCUGGCAAUCUGUAUCCACACAGUGGACUACAGUGUUGUGGAGGCUCGGGUUACAGUCCUUUGCACCACACGUGUUGUUCUGGUAAACUGUAUUCAAUAGGAGGGCUAGAGUGUAUCAGUUGUGGAGGCGAGAGUUAUAGCCCUUUACAUGAAACAUGCUGUUCCGGUAAACUGUAUCCUCACAGUGGACUACAGUGUUGUGGAGACUCGGGUUACAGUCCUUUGCACCAAACGUGUUGUUCCGAUAAAUUGUAUUCAAUAGGAGGGCUAGAGUGUAACAGUUGUGGAGGCGAGAGUUACAGUCCUUUACAUGAAACAUGUUGUUUCGGUAAACUGUAUCCACACAGUGGACUACAGUGUUGUGGAGACUCGGGUUACAGUCCUUUGCAUCAAACGUGUUGUUCCGGUAACCUGUAUUCAAUUGGAGGGUUAGAGUGUAACAGUUGUGGAGGCGAGAGUUAUAGCCCUUUACAUGAAACAUGUUGUUCCGGUAAACUUUAUCCACACAGUGGACUACAGUGUUGUGGAGACUCGGCUUACAGUCCUUUGCAUCACACAUGUUGCAAUGGAAUUGUUUAUGAACCAAGUGGUUUAUCAUGUUGUGGUACACAGGCAUAUGACUCUUCUAUUCUGUCAUGCUGCAAUGGCAAGAUCACGCAUGUAUACUCUAUAUGUUCCACAGACAGGCGGUCAAUGAGUGAUUAUAAGGAAGUGCUUAGAAGAUUUUCUCCAUUGUUGAUUUUUUGAGAAUAGGAUAACAUUUUAGAAACAAGACUUUAAGACGUCAAUCGAAAACGAUAUAUCAAUGAAAGAUGGGACAGCACUAACGGUCAGAUACAGUAAACAAAAGUAAAAAAAAAUUACAAGUAUUCGAUGUGCAAUUACAUAAUUUUCUUAUUUUUAAGUUGCUAUAUAUAGUCAAACCGGACUGUUAAAGAAAAGGGGAAAGACUUUUUCUAGGGAAAUUUCAAAAGAAAAAAAAUCAAUAGACAUCCGAAAAGAUCAUCGCGGAUUAUAAAUAGAUGAAGCCAUAAAAUAUUCGAUGAAGAACGCUGAAAUUUUGAUAUAAAAGGAGAUGUCAACAUAACGAAAAGUUUCAGUGUUUGUUAACACCGUUUUAGUUAAAGCAGACUGGAUGCACACGUUCAAUUUAAAAACUACAAUGCGGGAUUUUUACGUCAAUAAAACAACAAAAGUUGCUGUAGACAUGAUAAAGAGCAUACAAAAAGUAAAAUAUUGGCAACGAAAGGAAUCAGAAGUUUUAGUUUUAUCAUUGAAUGUAGACAAGUUAAUAUGGUAAUCAUAUUACCUGAAGACAUUUACAAAUUGAAAAACUGCUCAACUCCUGUGUACAAAACUAUAGCCAUUAUACUUCCAAAGUUUGUUAUUUCCAAUAAGUUGGAUUUGAAGGGCUAUUUACCAAAACUAGGAAUAACAGACAUUUUAAACAAGACCCAUGCAGAUUUUAAAAAUCUAGGAAGAUAGCAGCAAAAUGUAUGUGUCGGACACAUUUCACGACGUUGUUGUGAAACUAAAGGCAAUAAUAGACAACCUUUAUCACUAAAAAAAGUUUCUCUGGAUAUCUCUUACUCGAAAUUCAUUAUAAAUCGACCUUUUUUUUUUAUUACGCACUUGACAAACAAAGCGGUGUUGUUAUUUUCAUGGGAAGGUUUUAAAGGCAAAUAAUUUUUGGGCAGUAACCUUUUCACAUGUAUCAAUGAUUUUUUUACGAUUUGUUAAAUAUACUUUAGCAGCAAAAAUAUAAUUUUUAUGCUUCAAAGUAAAUAAGUUCCUUCGUGUUAUACUUUGAAAAAUUCUUGCAGAGCUAACCAUGACUAUUGAAUAUUAAUUUGAUAAAAGCAUUUUCUACUGAUAGAGCUCAUAAAAGAAGGCUAGGUUAUACCAUACUUUACUAGCAUUCCGGAAGGCUCUAAGUCAACUUUUCAAUAGGAAAUUUUACAAUUGCUUUUUUUAAAAGGUAUUCCGAUACCAAAUGACGUUACGCCAUGAGUAGGCUGGUCCUCUCACUUGCAACAUACGGGUAUUUCAGAGCCAAACAGAUUAGGGACAGAGAACCAGUCUACGCCAUGAGUUGUCCAUAUUUGCUAGCAAAGAUGUGAUUUGUCAUUCCUGACGUUAUCUGAUGGUCGACAAAACAAUAAAUAUACGCUGUACAUUUAUUACGGAAUAAAGAAAUAAAAAAAAUAACCUUUUAUUUUAGCAAAUAUUGUUAAUUUUGAUUUUACGAAAAU